AUGCCAAAUCGACUAGCGAUUGAACUCUGCGAGAUGUGCCUGAAGCCCAACACCUCCAUUUGGCCACGUCGCGGACGCAACGUCAAAAAGUUGGAAGCGAUUAAACUAACAUCGAAGACCACCCAAGUGGGUAAGCUUAGAAAGCAUGCUCGCGAAAAAGGUGCGGAGUUUAAGCAAGGUCGCGGGACUCGCGACGCACAAGCCCGUACACAGAGAAGUGAUACAGAGAAUGGUGCAAGAAAUACUCUGACUUGUAAACUCAACUUAUCACUACUUAUUCAAGAGCUGGAAGGCUGUAAGACUAAAAUUAUCUUAUUUAUUUGA